AUGCUAAAAAAGCAAAUUUGCUCGUCACUGUGGUAUUGGACAUUAAAUUUCAUAAUUUUGAAAAACACUCUAGCUGGGGGAAUUUCGAUCGUUGCUGGUUAUGUCACAAACUUUCGCAAAACGAUAGAAGACGUACGUGAAGGAAAGGAGCAUGCAUUAGAGGCCAUCCGUAAAGACCUGACUUCGAUUCCUUACAUCCCAGAGCUUGCAAAGUUGGAUCAUUUACGUUCCCUAACUCUGUCUCACAAUAAAAUAACUGAAAUACCUCAAGAGAUAUCAACUCUGCAAACUUUAGAACACCUGAAUCUCUUUAAUAAUUGUAUUAUGGAUAUCUCCCCAAAGAUUGUGGAGUUAACAUAUUUACGGUCUUUAAAUCUUGGGAUGAAUAAGCUGUCUGUCUUACCUCGCGGUUUCGGUGCUUUCCCUUCCCUCGAAAUUCUCGACUUGACGUAUAAUAACUUAAAAGAAACUAGUUUACCUGAUAAUUUCUUCAACUUGGUAACACUUAGAGCUCUAUACCUGUCAGACAAUGAUUUCGAACGCAUUCCACCUGGCAUUGGAAAGCUUUUGAAUUUGGAAAUAUUGGCUCUUCGUGACAAUGACCUUGUGUCACUACCAGCAGAGAUAUGUUUACUUACCAGACUAAAGGAACUCCAUCUUCAGAACAAUCGCCUUGCUGUACUGCCUCCUGAAUUAGGUAUACUUGAUCUCUGUGGGCCUAAACAGGUAGCUAAACUAUCAGGCAAUGAUUGGGUUUCACCAAUAGAGGAUCAGUUACAAGUUGGUCUCUCUCACGUCUUUGAUUAUAUUCGGUCAGAGACAUACAAAUUCUUAUACCAACGACACAUAGCAGCUGAUAAUAAACCAAGACCAAUAGCUGAUAAAUCCAAAAAAAUCAGUCGCAAAGUUCAGUGA